AUGGGCGACUAUAACAAAGCGACUUUCAUCCUGGGCGGCGUCUCUGCCGGUGGCAAUCUGGCUGCCGUUACGGCUCAAAAAUGGGUCUCCGAGAAGAAGAAACCUACCCUCAAAGGGGUCUGGCUAGGUGUCCCGUGGAUCAUGGAGCGUGAAACCGUACCCAACAAGUACUCUGAUUUAUGGAUCUCUCGCGAACAAAAUGACCAAUCAUUCGUCAUCAACUCGUCGACAAUCUCGUCUCUUCUAGACUCUUACCAGCCCGAUGUCCACUCACCCGAUUUCUCUCCCUUCAACAACGCGAGUCCUCACCAAGGCCUCCCUCCUGUCUAUUUUCAAGUCUGCGGACAGGAUCCUCUGCGCGACGACGGCCUGAUUUACGAAAAGGUCUUAAGGGAACACAAUGUCUCGACCAAGAUUGACGUCUACCCAGGAGUCCCACACGGAUUCGCCGACUUGUUUCCCGGUUUCAGCCUGAGCGUGGGGUAUUUGAGGGAUUCUAUGAGAGGCUUUGGAUGGUUACAUGGCGUUGAAGUCUCUGAUGUGGAGAUUGCGAAAGUAAAUGAUCUGGCAGUUUGA